AUGAACAUCGAACACAGCUUCGCAUCUGUGGCGCACCUACAAGCGAAUGGGCAGGUUGAGAGCGUGAAUAAACAAAUAGUGGAUGGCAUCAAGGCAAGGCUAGGAAUCGCGCGUAGGGGGUGGGUGGACGAGCUCCCUAGCAUUUUAUGGGCCCACCGCACUAUGCCAAAAACCAGUACAGGCGAAACUCCAUUCAGCCUUGUCUAUGGUUCAGAAGUGGUAAUACUAGCAGAAGUGAGCCUCCCAGCACCACGCAUGAUCGCCAUGGAAAAGCAAGACAACGAGCGCGAACGUCGACUUGAUCUGGACCUUCUCGAAGAACGACGCGAGAAUGCAGCUAUUGCAGAGGCCAGAUAUAAAUCAAAGUUAGAGAAGUACUAUAAUGCUGGAGUACGUGUUUGCACCUUCGUCCCAGGGGACUUCGUCCUGCGCGACAAUGAGGCAUCCAAUGCAGAAAAACAAGGGAAACUAGCGCCUAAAUGGGAAGGACCAUAUAUCGUCCAUGAAGUCCUGGGUAAAGGUGCAUAUACCUUAAAGAGGCUUGACGGAACAAAUGUGUGA